AUGGCAAGCAAAGGUUUGGCAGUGCCCCUCUUGGAGCGCAGCGCGCAGCUGCGGCGGCUGAAGCGGCAUUGCAAGCAACGGAGGCGGCGGCGAGGCCGGUGGCGGCCGUCCAGCGGCGGUUGCGCGGCCGGCGGCGGCGGCGCGGUGGCGGCGGCGACGAGGCAGUCUUGCGGGGUCUCCGGAGGCGGCGGCGGCGGCUGGCCCCCUUGCAUGGGCCACAAUGGAGGCGGAAGACCGACACUGCCGUCUGAAGUUGGAAUGAUAGUUUGUGCUGUCACUAAUCCAGCCUCCCUUGAUGAAAUGGCUGCACAGGCAGCGGUGAUCCUCAAUUGUGUCAGACCAGGGUUGUGCAUUCAUGAUGGUACCUGGAAGUCAGCAGCUUAUGAUUUUGCAGAUAAGAGUCAGUUGAAAAAACUACGAAAUGAAUCACAUCUGAAGCCUGUCCCAGUUGUUGGUCCAAAACUGAAAAGAAGGUGGCCAGUUUCUUACUGCAGAGAACUCAACAGUUAUUCCAUUCCAUUCCUGGGAGCAGAUGUGUCUGUUGUGAAGCGGACUCAGUGUUACUUGCAUGAAAAUUUAGAGCAGUCACCUGUUCAGUAUGCUGCUUAUGUAACUAUGGGAGGCAUCACCUCUAUUAUUAGGCUGAUGUUUGCUGGACUGUUUUUUUUAUUCUUUGUGAGGUUUGGCAUUGGAAGGCCACUUCUUAUAAAGCAAAGGAAACCAUCAACAAAAUGAAAGAACAACCCACGGACUGAGAGAAAAUUACACUGCAAACAAUGCAGCCAAGAAGGGGCUAAUGUCCAGAAUAUACAGACAGCUCAUGCAAUUCAAUAGCAGAAAAACAACCCAAUCCAAAAAAUGGGCAGAAUACCUAAAUAGACAUUUCUUCAACGACGUCAUACCCAUGGCCAACAGGAAAAUGAAAAAGAUGCUCAACAUCACUAAUGAUUAGAGAAGUGCAAAUCAAGACCACGGUAAUGCAUGACCACAGUCAGAAGAGCUGUCAUCAAACAAUCUGCCAAUAAUAAAUGCUGGAGAGGGUACGUAGCAAAGAGAACCCUUCUACACUGUUAGUGGGUAAGAAUGUAGAUGAAAUUUGUGCAGCCCCUUUGGAAAACACUUUGGAACUUCCUUUAAAAACUAAAAACAGAGCUGCCUUGUGAUCCAUCAAUCCCUUUCUUGGGCAUACAUCCAAAACAGAGGAAAACUCUAAUUUGAAAGGAUAAAUGUCCUUCCGUAUUCAUAGCAGUACUAUUUACAAUAGCCAAGGCAAGGAAACCAACAACCCAAGUGCCCAUCCACAGACAAUUUGUUGAAGAAGAUUUGGGGUGUGUGUGUGUACACAGACAAGAGUCUGAGGCAUACAAAUCAGAGUACAGUUCAUUACCUUAAUCAGAAAUAUAUCUGUUAGGUAGGAUAAUUUCAGGACAAGGCAUUGUCUUACUUACUUAUUCUCUCCAUUUAAGCAAAUUACAGAAGACAUGUAUUUUUUUUUUUAAUCAGUCUUCCCAACAGAUGGACUACAGUUCUUGGCCUGGUGGAGUUAUCCUCUUUCUUAGACCAUCUUUGGACAGGAAAAACCAACAAGUUCUCUCCAUUUUCCUUUCCUCUUUUCCUUUCUUCUCUGCUCUUACCCCGCUCUUUUUUCUCUACUUCACAGGCUGACCAACACUCAUUCUGAGAAGUCUAGUAUAUAGUGGACAGUCAGCCUUGAAAGGCGUGGAUGCCAUCCCAUUCUUUUAAGAUCAUCUCUGCUUAUGGAGUUCCCCAGGGGCCUAUUGGUUGAGGAUCCGAUGUUGUCACUGCUGUGACAUGGUUUUGAUCCCUGGCCCAGGAACUUUUGUAUGCCUCUGGUGCCGCCAAAAAAAAAAAAAAAAAAAAAAAAAAAAAAAAAUCUCUGCUCAGAUCUCAUGAACUCACACUGUAUAAUUUAAUGCUUAGAUAAGGCUACAUGUUGUGGGAUGAAGUGAGGGAAAUGGGAAGGAAAAUCAGUCAUGCCUGAAAAAGCUACCAGAUACCUUUACAGUAAGGAAAUACACUUGGUUUCUUUUGUGCAACUUCACCAAUUUGAUUUCCUCCUAUUUUUUAUUGGAAAUUCAUCUUCUUUAGUAUUGGCCCUUGAGAGCAUAUGGCCUUGGACAUACAUGAGUAGCUGAAUUUACUGCUCUUUUUCAAUAAUAGUCCCUUAGUGUUGGUAAAUGUAUUGAAAAGCUCUUAUCUUUAUUUUUUCUUCAAAUAAUAUUUUACUGCAUUUAUUUAAACUGGAAAAACAAUCCAGUUCAAUCAUGUCUUCCACCCCUUUCCCCGGCCUCUGGCAACCACCAUUCUGUUCACUGUAUAUAUGACCUUCAUAUAUGAACAAGGUCAUACUCAGUCUUGGUUCACUUUGAAUAGUGCCCUUGCAGUCUAUCCAUGUUGUCCCAGAUGGCAGGAUAUCUUUCGUUUUAUGGCUGAAUACUGUUCCAUCACGUGUGUGUACACACCCCACAUUUUCUUUAUCCAUCUGUGGACAUUUAGGUGGUUUCCAUGCCUUGGCUAUUGCAAGGCAUGCUGCAGUGACCAUGGGGGAUGCAUAUAUUUUUCCAAAUUAGAGUUUGUUUUCUUCAAAUAGAUGUCCAGAAGUGGACUUGGUGGAUCACAUGGUAGUUCUGUUUUACUGUCUUCCAUAGUGGCUGUAUCAGUUUCCCUGCCUUCCAGCAGUGCAGGAGGGUUCCCUUUUGUCCACAUCACCAACAUGUAUCUGUUCUUUUUGAUAAUGGUCAUUCUGAUGGUUGUGAGGUGAUAUCUCAUUAUGGUUUUGAUGUGCAUUUCUCUGAUGAUGUGUCUGCUUUUCGUGCCAGGAUGAAGGUUCCCUUUUCUUCACAUCACCAAUAACAUUUAUUUGUUCUUUUUGAUGACAGUCAUUCUGAUGGGUGUGAGGUGCUUUCUCAUUAGGGUUUUAUUUUACAUUUAUCUAAUGAUGAUUGAUAUUGAGUGUAUUUUCAUGUCUGUCUCUAUUGGAACAAUAUCUAUUCAUCUCCACUGCCCAGUUUUAAUUAAUUUCUUUGGGGUUUUGUUGAUGUUGAGUUGUAUGCGUUCUUUGUGUUUUAGGUCUUAACCCCAUAUUAGAUAGAUUGUUUGAACAUGUCCUCUUCCUUUCAGUAGGCAGUCUGUUCUGUUUGUUGAUAGUUUCCUUCACUGCAAAAGCUUUUUAGUUUAAUGUAGUCUGAAUUGUUUAUUUUUGCUUUUGUUUUCCUUGGCUGAGGAGACAUAUCCACUAAAAUAUUGCUAAGACCAAUGUCAAAGAGCAUACUACCUAUGUUUUAUUCUAGGGAGUUUCAUGGGUUCAUGUAUUACAUUGAAGUUUUUAAAUACUUUUUCGAGUUUAUUUUUGUAUGUGAUGUGAGACAGCAGUCCAGUUUGAUUUUUUUUUUGCAUGUAUGUGUUUCCAGUUUUUCCAGCACAAUUUAUCAAGGAGGGUGUCUUUCCUAUUGUAUAUUCUUGCCUCCUUUGUCAUAGAGUAAUUGAACAUGUGCGUGUGAAAUUAUUUCUGAGAUCUCUCUUUUGCUCUGUUGAUCUGUGUGUCAGUUUUUUGGUGCCAGUACCAUAGUGUUUUGAUUACUGGGCCUUUGCAGUAUAGUUUGAAAUUAGGGAAGAUGAUACUCUAGCUUUGUUCUUUCACAGGAUUCUUUGGCUAU